AAGCUGAGAACGGAAAGCCUAAUGUUAGCGCCAAAAGGAAAUGGCAGUCAGGGUAAAACAUGCAUGGACAUGCAGCACACGAUGGAUGGUAAACUCCGAGGAACAGGUUUUGUCGGUGCUUGAAUCAUGUGACGGAAUCAAGCAGUUCAACCAAGUUCACACUCAACUCAUCAUCCACGGUCUCUUUCAACACUCUCUUGUCGCCAGCAGAGCCAUCAAGAAACUCUGCUCUCAUCCACGCACCACCCCACGCGCCGCUUUCCUCUUCGACCAUCUUCACCACCCCGACGCUUUUAUCUGCAACACCAUCAUUCGUUCUUAUCUACGCAGUUCUAAUUCCUCCGCUGCUUUCAGUUUCUACUACCACAAAAUGCUCGCCAGGUUGGUUCCACCGAAUCACUAUACUUUUCCUCUCAUUCUUAAACUCUGCGCUGACAGUGGUUACCAACGAGAAGGAGAAAAGGCUCACGCUCGAGUUGUUAAAUUCGGGUUUGAGUUCAAUUUGUUCGCACGGAAUUCGCUGAUCCGAAUGUACUCCGUUUUCGGAAGAAUCAAUGAUGCUUGGUUGCUGUUUGAAUCGAGUUAUGUAUUGGAUUUGGUGAGUUAUAAUACGAUGAUUGAUGGGUAUGUUAAGAUUGGGCAAAUAGGUGGUGCACGGAAACUGUUUGAUGAAAUGCCUGAUAGAGAUGUUUUCAGUUGGAAUUGCAUGAUUGCGGGACAUGUGUUGGUUGGGGAUUUGGAAGCUGCAAAGGAACUGUUUGAAGCAAUGCCGGAUAGAGAUGUCGUGUCUUGGAACUGCAUGAUUGAUGGGUGUGUAAGAGUAGGGAAUGUUUCUCUCGCCCUUGAGUUUUUUAAUCGAAUGGAUGGGGGUAUUAGGAAUGUGGUUUCGUGGAAUUCCUUGUUGGCAUUGCACGUGAGGGUGAAGAAUUUUGGUGGGUGUUUGAGGAUGUUUGAGAGGAUGAUGGAAAGUGGUGAAGCUAUGCCAAAUGAGGCUACUUUGGUGAGUGUUCUCACUGCUUGUGCAAACUUAGGGAAGCUGAGUUUGGGUUUGUGGGUUCAUUCUUAUAUUAAGAGUAACAAUAUUAAACAGGAUGUCUUGCUUGGAACUUGUCUUCUUACAAUGUAUGCAAAAUGCGGGGCUAUGGAUUUCGCAAGAGAUGUUUUUGUUGAGAUGCCGGUGAAAAGCAUUGUGUCAUGGAACGCUAUGAUCAUGGGAUAUGGUUUGCAUGGAAAUGGGGACAAAGCUCUUGAAAUGUUUGAAGAGAUGGAGAAGGCGGAUCAGAAACCAAACGAUGCUACUUUUGUUUGUGUGUUGUCUGCUUGCUCGCAUGCCGGAAUGGUCAUGGAGGGUUGGUGGUACUUUGAUCUCAUGCGUCGUGUUUACAAGAUUGAACCCAAGGUUGAGCACUAUGGCUGCAUGGUUGAUCUCCUUGCUCGAGCUGGUUUUGUGAAGAGCUCGGAAGAGCUUAUAGAAAAGGUUUCUGUGAAAGGUGGAUCAGCUUUGUGGGGUGCUCUACUUUCCGGUUGUAGGACUCACUUGGACUUGGAGCUUGCGGAAAAUGUAGCGAAGAGACUUGCUGAGUUGGAGCCACUGGAUAUUAGUCCUUAUAUAGUGCUGUCUGAUAUAUAUGGGGCUCAAGGGAGAUGGGAUGAUGUUGAGUGUGUGAGAUUGAUGAUGAAAGAAAAAGGGUUACGAAAAGAAGCAGCAUUGAGCUUGGUUUACCUCGAAGAUUCCGAAUCAAAAAGUAUUGUUAAUAAAUGAUUUGGUCUGAUGAAAAAGAUAGUUUACUCAAUGUUGGGUGCAUUAGGGGCACAGUUGAAAAUAUCCAUUUGAGAUUCGACUGGGAAAGAAAAAGUCAUACCUAGAAAAAUGCUAGAUUCUCUAUAGUACAGGCUGUUGGGAGAGAAGCAGAAUGUAUGCUAAGGAGUGAGAUAUUGAGGUGGUAAUUAUGGAUAUGGGGAAAAAUGUCAGGAUAGAAACAGCCACUGAUGAAUGGUGAGUUUCAGCAGAAUGGAGAUGGGAUGCUGGUAAAUUUCUAAGAAUGUGAAGAAACAAAAGGGGUUGAUGCUGCAGGGAGUCCAGAUUGGUUCCCCAAAGAUUUUGCUUCCGGAUUCAUAUAUGAAUGAUAAUUGAUUUAUUCGAAGAAGAAUGACUUGCUCAGUGUCUUCCAUAAAUAAGCGUCUAACAUGAAAUCAAUCAGUGAUAAUUCAUUUUAUUAAAUUUGUUUCUCCGGUGAAAAUUCUUGGAACACGAGACUGUUGGAUCUUACAUCGAAUACAUCAAUACAAGUUUUAGGGAAAGCGGGUAGCUGGAUAAUAAGGAUUGAGAAAUCUAGAUAAUGCUUAAUAUUUUUUUAUAUGUACAGUAUCAGAUUUCAGACCCUACAGCACAACCUUACCUUGAUAAAAUGAUAUCAGAUAACUACAUAUAUUCACAUCUGUAUUUCUAUA